CUUUUUCCCAGCCGUGAUGCCAUGGACCACCAUUUUGCAUCUUCGUGGCUAAAAUCGCUAUCGAACAAACUGGAGUCUUUGGCCGAAUGGUCUUGGGUGGCUGAACGACAAGGCACCACCAACACGCAUCGGCAGCUCUUUCGGGAGUUUUUUUCUGCACCUUUCCAGAAGACUUUGGCGCUGGUUGAUGAGCAGAAGAAGGGUGACUUUCUUCACAUCAUUGAGAAAAACCUCCACAAGUUUGAACCGAAGACACAGCAGUUUCCACUGGGUAGUCUGUGUGCAUUGCUGCAGCAUGGCAAGGACUCCAAAAUCACGCAGGAGAAGGUGAGUGCUUGGGUGGACUUCAUCCUGGACCGGCUCAUGCGCUCGCCAACCACUGCGUCUGAAGUGGCAGAGGAGUGUCUGUCGGCGCCCUUCCAGCGCUUGCUACCGGUGAUGCGUGCGCAGCUGCGCGAUAGCCUGGCGGACGGCCUGGGGGAACAUGUCUUGCCCCACCUGGACCAGGCUUUGCAGAAGAGACUACUGGAUGGUUUGGGCGUUGAAACGCCAGCUUCCGGGACUCCUUUAGGCACUCCCUUGCUGCCAGAACGCAUUGAAGCUUUGGUGGUGAAGUGUACAGAGGAGCUGAAUUCCUGGUUUGUCUCAGCGCCGCGUUUCCCUGCCACACCUUUGGCCUUGGCAGACGCUCUGGCGCGGGCAGAGCAUCCCUUGCUGCGCUUUUUCACCGCGGUGAGGCAACCGCAAAAAAAGGAGGCGUUUCUGGUUGCCGUGGCGCUGUGUUUGCAGAGCCUCCGGCAACGCUUCUCGUGGAUGCGAAUCACAGAGCCAGUUUUGGAGCGGUUGAGUCAUGACCUCCAAAAUCGUCUCUUCUUUGUGCAGAACAAGGGGCCUGUCAUGGAUUUCUGGUUUACCGACCGCAUGAAGAAAUACAACAGCGAGGCCAACGCCCGCAUCGUUGCCAUCUUUGCACAGCCGGGGGUACCGAAAUUGGAGCCCCUGAAGGCCUUGCUUCUGCCGCUGUUUCCGCAGAACGAGGAUGGACCAGGCGAUUGGCUGCAAGUGGACAGCCCAUCAAAAGUGGCAGAUGUGGUGCUGGAGUGGCUGGUAGAGGGAAGCUCCAUCUAUCUGCCACCACACUGCCUUUGGCGAGACACCCUGCUGAGCUUGCUGCGCCGCACUGGUCGCUGGCUAGAGGUGGACGCGACAGGCUCUGUUCGCUUGGCUGCCGUGUCGGGCGGCUUGCCGCCCUUGCCGCCGCCGCCGCCUGGGGCCGCCUCACCGAAAGGUGAUCUUCCAAGCGCGGAGUCACCUGAAGGGGAUGUGGACAAUCUGAUUGAUCUCUUGAUGAAGGAAGCCCUAACCCCCUUGAGCCCUGACAUGCGCUCCAUGGUGCAGAAGAUCGGCCAUGGUGUGUACCGAGUGAGUGGCAAGGAGGUCACACUUCACACCAUCAGUGGCAACCUCUAUGCCUAUCGAAUUGGAGACUCAGUCCAGCACAAACCGGUGAAGACGCUGCUGAUUGAGGAGGGUCUAAUGGCACCUGAGGAAGAACGAACAGGAGCCCCUGCAAGCAACGCUCCGCCAGUGGAUACCUCGUCAGUGGCGCGGAUUGCGCAGAUCUCCCAACAAACUUCAGCCAUGGGAGCGAAGACUGCAGGCAGCUCCGUGGGCACCUUGCCCUUUGGCCUGGGCCGCCCGGUGCCACCGGUGGUGACGCCGCUGCCGGCGCCGGAUCCCAAGGCCCUGAUCUCCAAACGCGUGGAGGCGGCCACGCGUGCGGCCGAUGUGGCAAAACAGGUGCUGAGGCGGCAGAUCGACUUCGAGGAUGAGGAGAAGCUCCGGAAGCUCUUGCUGAAGGGCUUGAAGUACGACAAGCAGUGGUCAGCAGCUUACCAGGAGUACUGCGUUCUACGCCGGGUCUCGCCUGAAGCUGUCCUGAGUGCCGGCAAGGAAUUUAUGGCGACCUUCGUGGAGCAGAAUUUGCCGAACUCCAUCAACACGGAGUGGGCACAGAAGGUGAUCCAUAGCAAGGACAAGAAGGAGAAGAAGGAAAAGAAGGAGGAGAAGAAUAAGGACAAGAAAGAGAAGGAACAGAAGGCUGAAAAGAAAGAGAAGAAGAAGGAAAAGAAGAGAGCAGCGGAAGAGGACGGAGCUGUUGCGGUGGAUCCUCGACAAGUCAGCCGCCGCACAUGAGAAAGUGGCGG